CAAACAGCAUCAUCCGUGGCCGAUUGGUGUGCCAAGAACGCAAACAAACUCGGACUGGCUAUUUCUUGUGCGUCCCAAGCUUUCCCCAUUUUGAGACCGUGCUAUUUACUGUUCUGUAUCGGUUCGAGCACGUAAGCACGCUCUUUGGAUCCUCGUCCGAGCCACGACACAAUAUUAUUAGCAACACUUGUGUGACGUGCCCGCUGUGUACUGGAUUGCUCUUCUCACUAUUGCAACGCUGCAACGGGUUUAAAGUGCACCGAUCCGAUACGCGAUUUGCUUCACAGAUACUCUUUGCUUUCGCUUGGACAGACACACGGACAUAUUAAAUAAUUGUCUCUAUUGAAACUCCCUUUCAACGGCCAAGCGACACGAACAUAAUGACUGUUCACGAAUUUAAUGUCGAAAUGACCUGCACCGGUUGCUCGGGUGCCGUCGAGCGGGUGCUCGGCAAGCUGAAAGAAAAAGUGGAAAAGGUUGAAAUCGAUUUGGACAACAAAAAGGUUUUUGUAACAUCGUCGCUGACCGCGGACGAGCUGCUGGAAACGAUCAAGAAAACGGGAAAGGAAACAAGCUAUGUGGGGGUGAAAAAUUAAGCAUGCUCAAGGCAAGGAUGGCAGUGCUAGGCUGGGACGUGCAAACACCUUUGCUUUGAACGAAACGAGCACGCGAAGAUAUUACCGAUAAGAGAGCCAUCAGCCACACAUUCGCUGGAGAGACCUCUUUUGUGUUUAAAAAUAUGUUUUUAUGUUUUGUUUACUAUACUGCAACGAUAUAUUAUAAAGGGAGUAUCAAAAUAAGCGAAUAACGACUGAGGAAAAUAAAAUAUGAAAAUAAACGAUUAAA